GCUUCACCGACCAAGUUGUCGUUCAACUCGCCGCGCUCUCCGCGACCAUCGCCCUUCCGCCGCCCCGACUCGGACGCUCUCCUGCGCUCUCCUUCGACAAAAUCUAAUCCCUUUGUACGACGACCUUCACAAUUGACCACCGGCGACCGUCCAAGGAGUCUCUUCGCCCGUCCCACCAGCCGUCUCAGCAUCGCAGAGUCUUCGUCGAGGCCAACAUCCUCUGGCGUUCUGGCUCCGCCUAUCUCUUUCUCCCGCCAUGCUUCGCGCACUUCAGUAGACUUGGACCAAUCCGCUCCUCCAUCACCUUCGCCCGCCGCACCCUAUGAGGAGUCACCAAUGCCGGGAGACGGUGCCUCACUGUCGUCUCCUCGAGACCUUCCGCCACCUUCGCCGCUCGCUGUACCAAGCUCACCAGCCGUCGCACCGAGUUCGCCUACUGUUGCGCCAUUGUCACCUCUAGGACCUCGCUCGCCCCUUCUAUCACCAUCCUCGACCCGGCCUAUGCGACCGACCGCUCAACGUACUGUCACAUCGUCCACUCAGGCUACCAUCCGAGCUCCUGUGUUUGGCAGACCCACUUCCCGCGAAUCGCCCACAGCCCCGGCCACAAGACCAGCCCCUACCACAAGACCGAGCUACAGUGCCCCUUCAAGGCCGAAUUACACCGCUCCAGUCCAGAUGGCUACUGGCCAAUACUCUCAUCUCCCACAAUCUCUGCUACGAAGCAUGCGCGAAUCUUUCGAAGUCUUGGACAACUCAAACACCGGUGCCAUCACCUCUGCCAGCGUCGCCGAUAUGUUGCAGCAGAUGGGCAUGGACUCUUCGCCCAAGGCUGUCGCUGCUUUCUUCCCUCCCAACACUCCUUCUUCAAUCUCCCUGGGUCGCUUCUUGGACUUGCUAUCUGCACCGCUAGCUGAGAUCAGCGAGCCAUCUGAGCUUGCCGCGGCAUUUGCUGCUUUCGACGUCGAUGACAGUGGUCAGAUUGACAAGCACGAGCUCAAAGAUGCUUUGCUCAAUACGGCCCCUGAGCCUGGCGCCGAGGACUUCCGACUUUCAGAUCAGGAAGUGGAUGCUAUCAUGAGCCAGUUCUCGUCGAGGAGGGCUUUCGGUGCCAAAGGUGUUUUCGGCAAAGAGUUGGCCGGCGGUAACCAGAAGAGAGGUGAGGUCUUUAGAUACAGAGACUUCAUCUCGAAUAUCUCGGGUAAUGGUGGUGUUGAAGGUCCUGAGCAAGUGGCCACUUGA